AUGAACUCCGAAAAGAUUGUGGCCGUCAUCUUGGCCAUCUUCUUGCCCCCCUUGGCCGUCUUCAUGAGAGAAGGCCUCACUGCCCCAUUCUGGAUUGACCUUGUGUUGUGUUUGUUUGUGUGGUUCCCCGGUAUUUUGUAUGCCUUGUACGUCGUGCUCAAGAAUUAG